AUGCGAAUUGUUGCCACCAAGCCCCAGAUCAGAUGCGUUCGCUCGGCUUGUUGCGGCUUGACGAUACUUGCUCGCAUCAGCACAACAACAGACUUGCUGCAAUUUGAUGUUAACAGACCUGUCGCAAUGGCGAUGACAAGAGACUUGCUGCAAAUUGUCGUUAACAGACCUGUCGCAAUGGCGAUGACAACAGACUUGCUGCAAUUUGAUGUCGACAGACCUGUCGCAAUGGCGAUGACAACAGACUUGCUGCAAUUUGAUGUCGACAGAGCUGCAGCAAUGGCGAUGAUAAAAGACUUGCAGCAAGUCUGCAGUUGA